AUGUCCCGAGACCACGACGACGCCCCCACGCGCACCGCCCUCGACCGCUUCGGCGUCGACGUCUCCCACCAAGAGAUCUCCCGCAUCGUCCAAGAGCUCGAGGAGUUGUACAAGAGUCAACCCGGCGAGUGGCUCCCCGCGCGCGGCGUCGCGUCCUACCUCGCCGCCGAGCUCGGGUACGAGGACGAGGACGAGUUCGAGGACGCGUUACAAUCGACCUUUAUGGAUUUCUUAGCGAAACUCCCGACGAUCGAGGUGCGAGAGAUCGCGAGCGAGCUCGCGCCCGGGACGUCCCGGACGUGUCUGCGCGUCGUCGACGACCCAUCGACGCACGCGCGUCCGCGCGCGCUCACCCUGCGCGUGGCGACGCGGGAUGAUUUAUGGCGCGCGCUGAGCCUGAGCGCGAACGCGUCGUGGGGCGUGCCGGAGAUUGAUUUCGACGUCGGCGGCGACGUCAAGCGCGUCGAAGACAGCGUGUACAAUCACCUCGCGCGCGCCGUGUUCACGCUCGAGCGCCACGCCGAGGCGCUCGCGCGCGUCGACGACGACUCCUCGGACGCGCGCGCGAUCGCGCGGACGUGCGAGGGGUUACGUGGAUUGUUAGAUUUGGACGCGCCGUGGACGUUGGUCGUUCGGGACGUCGACGGUCGAUGCGCGUUCAAACCGAGCGAUGGCGUGGAGAUUCGCCUUUUGGACGACGACGACGCGCGCGUGUGA